AAGUGUUUGGUUUGACCAUGUCAGAGGCUGGUACGAGCACAGAAACUACUUCAAUAUUCAGUUCAUGAUGUAUGAGGAGAUGAAGAAGGAUCUCAGAAGUUCUGUGUUAAAACUCUGCAAAUUUCUGGGUGAAGACCUGAGUGAGGAGGUUGUGGAUGCCGUGGUGAGACAGGCCUCGUUUGAGAACAUGAAGGAUGACCCGCUAGCAAACUUUGAAAACACACUCUACAGGGGCUUUGGGCCAAAACUACAGGAAGGCCAUUUCCUUCGCAAAGGUACCAUUGGAGACUGGAAAAAUCACAUGACUGUCCAGCAGAAUGAAAGAUUUGACAAGAUUUUCCAAAAGCAGAUGAAAGAUUUUCCACUGCAGUUCAUCUGGGAUGUAAAUGAAUCACAGAAUUAAGCUUAGCACACAGAAUCCUAAGAAAGCACCUUCAGCAGGAAAUACAUUAAAUCUUA